CCUUUUUUCCCUUCCUUUCCCUUCCCGCGGCCAUGGCGCGGAGCUCCGCGCAGCUCCUGGUGCUGCUGAUCUACUUGAAUUAUGGAAAUGGGCUCCAUUUUAAGGUUUACAAUCAAAAGGAUAAGACUGGUGUGUUGUCUCAUCCCCACAGUCUUGUCAGACAGAAGCGUGAAUGGAUAGUCCCUCCUGCUUUCAUACGGGAGGAGGAAGACAGCUCUUACAGGAAUCCAAUUGCUAAAAUACAUUCUGAUUUUGAAGAGAAAGGGAUAGUAGUAACUUACACUAUAUCUGGUCAAGGAGUAACAGAGCCUCCUUAUGGAUUAUUUGUUAUCAAUGGAAAGACUGGAGACCUGAACAUAACGGGAAAGGUUGACCGAGAAAAAACACCAAUGCUGCUUGUCAGAGGUCAUGCUCUGGAUAAAACUGGAGCAAAACUGGAAGAGCCAAUAGACCUCCCAAUUAAAAUCUUAGAUAUAAAUGACAACGACCCAGUUUUUUCACUUGACUUUUUUGUUGGUUCAAUUGAAGAAUUAAGUGAAGCAGGUACAAUUGUAAUGAGGAUAAAUGCAACAGAUGCAGAUGAACCAAAUAAUCUGAAUUCCAAAAUUGCUUUCAGAAUAACUUCUCAAAAUCCUAAUAAUGCAUUCAGUAUUAAUAAAGAUACUGGCGAGGUUCAAGUAGCAACAAUAAACCUCGACAGAGAGACACAUAGUAGCUAUUCUUUGAUGGUGGAAGCAAAAGACAGAAAUGGUGGAUCAGGUGGGAGAAGUGCACAAUGUUCUUUAGAAAUCAAGAUUUUAGAUGUCAAUGACAACGUUCCUGUUGUUGAAAGUCGUAUGCUUGAAGGAAGCAUUGAAGAAAACAAAGCAAAUGUGGAAAUUAUGCGAAUAAAAGUAUUUGACAAAGAUGAAGAGUUUUCUGAUAACUGGCUGGCAAAAUUUGCAUUUGCUUCUGGUAAUGAAGGUGGCUAUUUUCAUAUAGAAACAGAUACCCAAACAAAUGAAGGGAUUUUGACUCUUAUGAAGGAACUAAACUAUGAAGAAAUGAAAAGCCUAAACUUGAGCGUUGUUGUUACAAAUAAAGCAGAAUUCCACGAGUCAAUUAGAAAGAGCUAUAAAGCUAAAGCAAUUCCAAUUAAAAUUAAUGUGAUUAAUGUUCGAGAAGGUCCUAAAUUCCCAGGUGGCACAAAAAUUAUUAAAGCAAUGGAGACCAUGCGGAAAAACCAGGUUAUUGGACAAUACCAAGCCUAUGAUGAAGAUACUGGAAAAGCAGCAGAGCGUAUUACGUACAUCAAAGGAAGAGAUUUGGCAAACUGGAUCACAAUAGACUCGGUUACAGGUGAAAUCAUACUUGCACAAGACCUUGAUUAUGAAUCAGUUCAUGUAGUAAACGGUACCUACGCUAUCACCAUGCUGGGCAUAACUAAAGAUUUUCCUAGGAAAACAGUCACUGGCACAGUCAUUAUUCAAAUUGAAGAUGUGAAUGAUAACUGUCCAGUUAUUGAGUACCCUGUGCGGACUGUAUGUUCAGAUACAAAAUUAAUUGAUGUUACAGCUACUGAUUUGGAUAGUUACCCAAACAGUGCUCCCUUCAGCUUUACUCUCCUUGAGCCCGAGGAGAAAACAAAAAAUUGGAUAAUUGGAUCCAGAAAUGACACUAGCAUACAGCUGAUCCCACAAAACCUGAAAACUGGCAAAACUGAAGUUCCAAUCUUAGUACAAGAUUACCAAGGUUUCAGCUGUACCCAGAAACAGUCUCUACAGCUGACUGUCUGUACAUGUUCACGUGACAGCUCUAUACCCACAUGUGCUGAAAAGCAGUCAGCAGCUGGCCUGGGACCUGGAGCAGUUGCACUAAUCAUCUUGGCAUUUUUACUUUUGCUGCUUAUUCCACUAUUAUUGCUGUUGUGUCCGUGUCGAUCGGGAGCUAAGGGAUUUGCUGCAAUACCGGAUUACAGUGAGGAGAUGUUACGUAACUGGAACAGUGAGGGAGCAGCUCCUGAAGAGAAGCCAGUGCUAAACCUCAUCACGCCCAGUGCUGUGGGGAUGUCGACAGCAGCGGCCAGAGGAGCAGCAGGAAUGAGCGCAGAGGAAGCUGUGGCAGAAAGUGGCAAUUCUGCAUCUAAUGUAAGAGAGCAUUACAACACUGUGACCAGGAGCACUGAAAGAUGGGAAGAGCAAAAGCAUCUCUUUUCUGGAGCUGAUUAUGGAGCUAUGGCAGCUGGAGGGGCUGAAGGUGUAACAGCUGGAGAAGGCAAGACAGUGGUGGCCAGAGAAGGUGUGCUGGCGGGAACUGGAGGAGCCAUGAAAGAAGAAUUUUUAAGAGACUACUUCAGUGAUAAAGCUGUCUCUUUUGCAGAUGAAGAUGAAGCCCAAGCUGCAAAGGAUUGUCUCCUGGUUUAUUCUCAGGGAGAGUCAAGCUCUCCCCAUGGAUCCGUCGGCUGCUGCAGCUUUAUUGAGAGUGAUCUUGAUGACCGCUUUCUUGAUGAUUUAGGAGAUAAAUUUAAGACUCUAGCAGAAAUAUGCAUAGGUAGGCAUAUAGACAUGAAAGAUAGUAGCUCUAGGAAUGAAUCAGGUUUCGGUCUUAAUGACUCAAAGCCACAGUUCUUAGGUCAGCAAAGUGCUUCCCUUUCCGAACAAGCCUUUGCCUCGGGCAGCCGCUUGCAGCCAGCCCAGGCGGCACACAAGGAUAAUGCUGUAGGACCAGACACUGUGUCUCAGGAGGUGGUCACGGAAACAACCUUUGUAUCGAGGUCUGGACAGCAUGAGGCAAGGCCUGUUUCCAAACCGUACUCUGAGAGCAAUGUCACUGUGACGGAAACGUCCUAUUCUGCGGGCCCCCCUGCCACUGUUUUUCUAGAUCCCCAGUUUAAGGAGAAUGUAGUGGUGACAGAGAGAGUGUUUGCACCUGCUUCAAGCUUGCAGGACAUGGUGGAAAUUCCUGAUUUGCCAAAUGGAAGUAAUGUAGUGGUUACCGAAAGGAUGAUUAAAGCAGAGGGCACUAGGCCAGGGGUCUUGACAGCUCAAGAUCUCCCAGAUUCGCAGUAUGUUGUCGUGAGAGAGCGGGAGAGGGUGCUUGUGCCCGCCUCCGACCAGGGCUCGCUGAGCUUCCCCGGUUUAUCCGAAGGGCAGAGUGUGGUGGUGACGGAGCGAGUAGUCACACCAGCCCAGGUCUCGGGGAUGCAAAGCAGAAGCGAGCAGACAGCAGAUGCUGGACUUGGAAGGCAAGAGAACGUAUUAAUCACAGACUCCCCGCUCAGCCAGCCUGGCCUGGCCGCUGGGGGGGUUCCUCCUGCCGGGUCCACUCUGAGCAAGUCUUCGCGAGUCACAAAAUACAGCACUGUACAGUACACUCGCUCAUAA